CCCUGUAGCCAGACAGAGAACGAGAGCAGCGGGGCCGCCGUGCCGUGAGGAUGUGGGAGAGAUGAGAGACCGCCUGGGCACAGCCCCCAGCUAAUGAACACCUUGCCUCCGCUGCUAACGAGGAUGAUUAUACAGACCCUGGGAGCAAAGGCGGGGUGGCUAAUGGGAAGUGGCAAGUACAUCGAGAACCACGGGGUGAUCCACAACAUGUGGUUCAACACCACCUCUGGGAAGAAGGUGCCCUAUUACGGCACCCAGGGCAUCUCGGUGUGGUGGGAUAAUGGCAGCCUGCCCAUCUGGAUCACAGCACAGAGGCAGGGCUUGAGGACAGGCUCCCUCUUUUUCCCGGGGGGCAACGCGACAUACCAGGGGGAGCAGGUGAGCGUGAAGAAGGUGGAGUCCCUCGGGCACAAGUACGACAACGAAACCGAGUGGAGGCAGAACAUCGACACCGUCAUGAGGUGGUUCACGGAGGAAAACCUCGACUUCGUCACGCUCUACUUCGGGGAGCCCGACUCCACGGGGCACAAGCACGGCCCCGAAUCCCAGCAGCGCAAAGACAUGGUCAGCCAGGUGGACCGAACCGUCGGGUACCUACGGCAGCGCAUCCGGGAAAGCGGCCUGGAGCCGAGACUCAACCUCAUCGUCACCUCGGACCACGGCAUGGAGACGGUAAUAAAGCAGGACGAGAUAUACCUCCGGACAGUGUCUAACUUCUCCUUCCAGGAUAUCCAGUUUGAGCUCUUAGAUUACGGCCCCAAUGGGCUGCUGGUGCCAAAAGAAGGAAAGCUGGAGCAGGUGUACCAGGCGCUGAAGGACGCGCACCCCCGGCUGCACGUCUUCAAGAAGGAGGAGUUCCCCAGGAGGCUGCGCUACGCCAACAACUCCAGGAUCACCCCCCUGCUGAUGUACAGUGACCCGGGAUACGUGAUCCACGGGAGAAUCAAAGUGCAGUUUAACAAAGGGGAGCACGGCUUCGACAACAACGCCACGAACAUGAAAACCAUCUUCCGGGCGGUGGGACCGGCCUUCCAAGCGGGGCUGCAGACGGAGCCAUUCGAGAGCGUGAACGUCUACCCGCUCCUGUGCGAGCUGCUGGGCAUCACGCCGGAGCCGCACGACGGCUCCCUGCACGUCAUGAUGCCCAUGCUGAGAAAUGCCACAAGCAUGGCCACCACCACUGCCUUCUCCCAUGUAACGACAGAGUCUAAUGCACCACCUCCUGCUACUGGGAGCUUGCAGCUGCUGCUGGGCAUCGCCAUGGUUCUGGGACACGGGGGCACAAUGUACUAGCCCCGGCUGCACAGCGAUGCCAAGAGGUCUGGGCGAUGCCAGAAGGAAAGGCCCCUGCACGGGGAGACGAGGAAGGACACCUCCUGGAAAGGUGGCCUGCCCUGGCCUCAGUGCAGCGCCGGCCAGAGCCCUCAGCUACCUCCCCUCGGCACGGGUCCAAGCUCCUCGCCGGGACCGAGGCACGGUCCUUCCACGCUCAGCUCUUUGCAUGACUUGCUUGACACUUGCCCUGUAGCUUUGGCUACAUUGCCCCCACCCCCUCACUGCCCCUCUCACUCCUGCUGCUAGUGUGUGCACGGAGAGCGCUCUGCACACGGCGUUCGUGCCGGGAAGCCCCAAGGAGGCUGCGCUGGACGCUGCUGGGUCUAAGGCUUGCUAGGCUGCAAAAGUAACUCGGGCAGUUUCCCAGUCACUCCAGGUGCCGGUUGCUCCCGGCUGGGUCUCAAGGAGCCUCUGCCUGGGGCCGGACGCAGAGGCCUGGCAAGGCCAUAGGGAUGCCCGAGUGUUGCCAUCUCUAAAGCCUCCAAGCGUCUGUCCCACAGCCCCAGCACAGAGCCAGGCCAGGACACAAGACCUGCAGCAUGCGGCCAGGAAGAGCCCUCUGCCUCGGGCUAGUGGAGGACGACUGGACCCUGCAGAGCCCGAGGCAAACACCAGCCCCCCGUCUGCUCGCAGUCACCCUCCCGUUCAUACCAGACUGCGCUCUCCUGCGUAUGGGUCUCGAUCCUGGUGCCAGGGCUGGUGACACAGCAAACCCUCUCCCAAAACACUGCUGCCAGCUUGCCGCUUGCCACGCAGCCACGUGUGCUGCCCUUUCCUGCCUGGUGCUGCAGCCGCCGGCUGCCCCCUCCCCACGCUCACAAAUAAAGUCGCCUCGGCAGGG